AUGUCAGAACUCACAAAGCCGGCCGCGACUCCGCGAUGGGUCUCUGAGCUCGCAUCCCCGCCCCCCGUCAAGUCCAAGACGGGCGCCAUCCCCGACCCCCCAGGCUUCCCGACCCAGGGCUCAUCCGGCACCGGCAACAAGGCAAGCUGCGCCCCAAAACGAGACGCCGGCAAGGACCUCGCCAAGACCAAGAAGCCGCCGACCGCCGAGGAGAUGGACACGCUCAAGCUCAAGAAGGCCUGGGAGGUGGCCCUGGCGCCCGUCAAGUCCUUGCCCAUGACCUUCAUCAUGAUGUACAUGUCCGGGAACUCGCUGCAGAUCUUCUCCAUCAUGAUGGUCUUCAUGGCCUUCAAGAACCCCAUCGUCGGGCUCGCCGCCACCAACCAGGCCUUCGAGCGCUUCGAGACCGACUCGAACCGCGCCAAGAUGGUCCAGGUCAAGCUCGCCUACGUCGCCAUGCAGCUCGUCGCCCUGGCCGUGGGCGUGUGGAAGGUCAACACCAUGGGGUUGCUGCCGACGACACGAUCCGACUGGCUGGCCUGGGAGGUGCAGAGGGAACCGCUCGAGUCUGCUGCGGUAGCGCUGUAA